CGUUGAACGGUAUACGGAUGAACAGAACAGUGAACACACCGAACAUUAGCACCGGUCAACAUUUGCCGUCGACAUUUGAUCUGCUCGCUCUCUCUCUCUCUCUCGUUAAGCAAAUUGAACGACGUGACAAAACACAAAUACCUCAUCAGUUAAACUGCAAUUACUUCGUGUGCUUGAGUAUCGAGAAAAAUAGCACAUUCAAUUCUUUGCCUUUAAAAUUCAGCGAAUUAAAUUUAGACGAACGGCUCGAAAGUGGUAAAUUGACAUACGUUUUGUGUGCAACGCAUAAAUUUAGUGUUUAGUUUGAAGCGUAAUGUCGCCAAAAACCAAUUGGCGAUUGGUUGCUGUUUCAGAAGUGGCCAAAAAGCAACUUCGUCGCACAUUUCCAUUACAACCAGGCGAAAAUCGUGUGGGUCGCUCAUCACAGCUCGAAAUUCCAAUUCCAUCGUCAAAAUGCAGCCGGCAUCAUUGCAGUUUGUUCGUUGAAAACAACAAAGUCAGACUCAUUGACCAUUCACGGAACGGAACGUAUGUCAACGAAAGCAAGUUUGUGAAGCAAGAGGUUGAUCGGCCGCUAGCGGAGCGUGAUUUGAUUUCGUUUGGUUUUGACAUUUCGGGCGAAUAUGAUUUGCACGAUUCACUUGCUUUUAUUUAUGUGUUGUUCUGCGACCAAGGGGCCUGGAUUGAAGUAUGUGACAGCGACGGCGACGGCGGCGAGACCAAGGUUGUGAAUAAUGAAAAUGUGAAUCCAUCACAAACCGAAGAAAAAGCCAUAGUUUCGAUCGCUUCAGACGAUGAUGGUGUUGAUGGUACACAGAAUGAAAUUGUCGACCAAACAGCGUCAUCAGAACAAAGUGAACAACUUUCAAAUGGAUUCGGUGAAAUUCUUUUUCAAACAACAACCGUUCCACUCGAUUCUCAGCAAACAAAUGCGCCAGAUGAAAUCAACGACAACGAAUCAAAUGAUGACACGUACGAAUGCACUAUAUUAGAUUCACCACCAUUGAAAAGGCUUCGAACAUUUGCCGAAAUUGACGGAGCUCGUCAAAGACGCGAAAGAGAAAUCUUCAACAGUUUGAAAAAUCCAUUCAAUUCACAACCGAUCAAAAGCAAAAAAUCUCCGGAAAUCAUGGAAUCACCACCAAAGCAACCAGAAAUUUUGGAGCGGCCAGAACCGAAGCGAUCACCAAUCGAAGAAGUGACCAAAGGCAAAAUAAAAUGUAUCAUGAAGAGUCGCGGCCAAAUGCUCAGUGCUGAUAUGUUGGCAGGCGUUAGCGCCACAAACAACAAUCAACAAAUUGCUUAAUUCCUACACAUUCCUUUUAUACAGAGACUUGAAGACUAUUUUUUUUUUUGCUUAGAUUUAUCACUAGAACUUUUUGAAAAAUGGCAACGUUGUAUCAGAACAGAAGAAUUUCGGACCAAUUUUGAAAAUAUAUUAUGAAAUCAAAAUGAAA